AGCUUGUCAACUUUACCUUUUUACAUGACUAUUUCUUCUGUAUUGACAAACCAUUGGCUAUUGUGACUAUCUCAUUUUCUUCCAUAGACAAAUUUUGUUCCUCUGAUCAUGGAAGCUAAUGGAUUACAAGAAAAGACAAAGGAUGUUGAAUCUCAGUUGGGGAAUGGUUCUUCAUCCGUGCAGUUCACAUGGGUAAUUGAUAAUUUUUCUAAACUUAAUGUGAAGAGGCUCUAUUCUACGGUAUUCCAUGUUGGAGGUUACAGAUGGAGGAUUAUAGUUUUUCCUAAAGGGAACAACGUGGAUUAUUUAUCAGUAUACCUAACUGUUGCUGAUUCAGUAACUUUGCCUCGUGGGUGGAGUAAAUAUGCCAUGGUCGGCUUAUCUGUUAGCAACCAAUUUCAUCCUAAAUUCACAAUUACAGAAGCAUUUGAACAUGAGUUUAAAGCGGGUGAGAGGAGCUGGGGUUGCCCAUCAUUUGUUGCUCUUGGGGAACUACAUGACUCUACCAAAGGUUUUCUUGUGAACGACACUUGCAUAGUUAAAGCAGAGGUAACAUUGAAGAAAGAGCAAGAUGAAAAGGAGCUAAAGAUAGAGGAAAAGGAAGACCUUGUUGAAUCACAACAAGAACCUACAAAUGUUGAUAUGCAAUCUGCUGAAGCUCAGCCAGAACCUACACCUGUUGGUAUUCAACCAGCCAAAGCUCAGUUAGAACCAAAGCCUACUGAUUCACAAACUAUCAUUCCAGAUGCUCAUCUGAGUGAACUCCCUACAAUGCCAGGGAAUCUCAUUCAUGAGCAAAUAACACAAGUGGCAGUUCCCUCAGUCGUUAUUGAAGAACAGCCAGAACAACUAAAUCUUAAGGAAGAAGCUAACACAACAACCGUCCCAUUGGCCCCACUUAUUGUUGAUCCACCAACUGCCCAGCUUCCUAAGCAGCCAGAUGCAGAGGCUGAAAUAAGUCCCUCUUACUUGUCACAAUUUGAUGCCUUAUUUGGUGACAUUGAAAACCUCUUAGAAGGAAAGAGUUCCAAUUCAAAGAGUUUAGGCAGCUCCUUCCCUCGUCGUGCAUGUAGCAAAGAGGAGAUUUCCCAUGCAAAGAACACUUUCAAAGAAUGCCUCAAUAUGAAGCUUGCCAAGGUCAUUGAAGAAGGUCGAGAAACUGAGCUCAAGAAUUCACUUUCUAUCAUGAUAAUUGGCAAUGCAUGUCCUGAUAACAUGGUAAGUUUUACAACCAAGUUUAUAGACAACUUCGAGCAAUACGCAGGUGCACAACAAGACUUAAGGGAGGUUCAAGAUAAGGAAAGCUCAAUAGAUGAGCUGCAGACUACCGCAAAGCAAUUAGCUUCUGAGUUCAUGCCUUUGAGGAAUCAAGCUGAGGCUGUUGAUCAAGAAAUAGUAGAACUAGAGAGACAGUUGAGUGAAAAGAAGGCAAAGAAGGUAUGGCUUAGAAAGAGUAUUGAAGAUUUAGCUGAACAAGCAUCUACUUCAAAACAAGCAUUGAUCGAUGCUCAAGAGGUCAUGUCGCUGUUAAGAAUCAAGAAGAAACAAGCGGUGAAGAUGGUUAGUGAAAUGGAAUGGUCAUGGGAGCUUUUAAAGUCUACAAUUCCCUGACUCGAUGGAACAAUUUUUGCUGCCUUUAAAUCAAAUAUGUCAACUCAGUUAGCUAAAUAUUUUUCCUGUGGGCAAAGACUUUUUUGGAUAUAUUAUAAAUCCUCUACUAGCUUUUCAUUCAUACAAACAUAGUCUAAUUGUGCUCUUAAUCUAAGCAAAGUAGUUGUUCGAUUCGUGAA